GUGGCCAAGGAAGAGGCGAAUUACAAGCUCUGCCGGGUCAAGAAGAUGAUGCGAGGUGGAACAAAACUACUUUGCGACUUCUCCGCGACACGCGAGCGGAAGUUUCUUUGUUUUUUCGUUUUCGAGUCGACUCCCGGCCAGUUGGAUUCCCGUCGAAAGUUGGGUGAGGAAAGUUGGUUUGAAGACGCGACUGUCGGGCGGAAGAAGGGGGUCGACCCAGAAGAAGGUCCCGGUGAAUUCUGGGCUCAGAUUGGAGGAUUCUUGGCUCGGUUCGGCGCAGAUCCUGUUGGCAAGCCUCUUGAUGCAAACCACGACUUCGGAAUGCUUUCGCCCCAAAAUUCCAUCAACUUCUUGCUGAAG